CUCUGGUUUCUCUUCGUGCCAGACUCGCUCGUGCUGCCAGCCGUGCUGAAUUGCUGUUCUAACCCAGUGGAGGCCAGGCUGGAUUGUGGUUGCCAUGCUGGGAACCCACCAGGGAACCUUGAUGGAAUCACCACAGACUUUUACCUACCCUUUUUACCAGAUUUCCCAGGAUUUUGCUCCUUCCAAUGCGAUGACUCAGCAGCUCCAGGAUGAAUUUGACAGCAGCGUGGAGAAUGCAGAAGCCUGGAUGAAGGCCAUCCAAGAGAGACUGAGGAUCAAUGACAACACCAAAGGACCUCGGUCUGCCCUAGAAGCCAGGCUGAGAGAGACUGAGAAAAUACGUGCCCUGGAACCAGAGGGCAGCCUGAAAAUGGACUUGAUUCUUGUGAAGGCAGAUGCUGCUCUGCGCAGCAUUGGUGAGGAGAAGAAGCAUGAGGUGCUCUCUAAGCUGAAAGACAUUAAAGCCUUGUGGGAAGAGACAGCCAUAUACAUAACUCACUGUCACAGCCGCAUUGAGUGGGUCUGGCUGCACUGGAGCGAGUACCUGAAAGCCCAGGAUGAGUUUUACACAUGGAUUCACAACAUGAGGGUGACCUUGGAGCCUGACAUUGAGUUGCAGCUUGGUUUAAAGGAGAAGCAGUGGCAGCUGAGCCAUGCUCAGGUUUUGCAGAAUGAUGUCCUAAAUCAGUCAGUCCUGCUGGAAAGGCUGCUGGAGGAAGCUGCUUCGUUGUUCAGCAGGAUAGGUGACCCCAGUGUUGAUGAGGAUGCUCAGAAAAAAAUGAGGGUGGAAUAUGAAGGAAUCAGACAAGAAGCUCAGAACAGAGUGAAACUGCUUGAAACCAUAACCAAGGAACAUGAGCAGUACAGCACCAAUGUCAACCAGUUUCAAUCGUGGCUGAAUGGUGUCACAGAGAGAUUAAACUGCUGCAUUGGAGAAGCAACCAAGUCUUCAGCAGAGGACAAGCUAAAGGCACUGAAGGAAAUUGCCAAAGACAUUAGGAGUGGUGGAAAAAAAUGGAAGCACCUUGAAAAUCAGUGUGCAGAGGUGAUUCAGAAUACCUCUCCACUUGGAUCUGCAAGACUGAAGGAUGAACUUGAAGAGCUAAGAAAAGCCUUGGAGAAGUUGAAACUUCUGAGUAGUCAGGAGGAGGAGAGAUUGCUCAAGAUCCAACAGUCUGAAAGUGCCUAUGAGUCCCAAGCCAGACAAUUAGAAGCAGACAUCCAGAAGUUGAGAAAAGAUUUACAGAGACUAGAAAAUGAUCUGGACCCUGGGGAAGGGGAAAAGACUGAAGAUGAGUUUGUUAUUCUAUGGAAAAAAUGCAAUGCAACAAGAGCAGCUCUGGCUGCAGAAGAGUCAAAGAUUGAGAGGCUGAAGUCUCAGCUUAAGGAACUGCUACGGUUUUCCCAAGAUGUGCAGCCACAUGCUGAGAGUGUUGUCUCUGCAAUACACCACUAUCAAAGUGUUAGAGGCAAGACUUCUAAAAUGAGCACUGAUACAGAAACCAAACUGAGGAGACUCAUCCAAAAUCCCCUGCAAAGUUUUGAACAGUGGAAGCCAUCGGUCCAGAUGCUCCUGGAGACUCCAGAGCCAGAACUGGCUCACAUCGAGGCUGCUUUAGCUGAAAGCUCCCAGUUCAAGGAGAAGUUGAUGACAUUACAGCUAAAGAAAGACAUGCUAAACAAUUUCCUUGGUGAAGAAAAAGCAGAAUCUUUUCUUCAAGAAGUUGCUGAAGCUUCAAAGGAGAGAGAAAUUAUACACAAAAGUCUGCUGCAAAGCAAGAGCAAACUCCAGAAUUUGAUAUUGCAACAUAAGAACUUUGAUGCUGGUUUUGCACCAUUGCAGAAGAAAUUAUCUGCCAUCAAAGCCAAAUUAGAUCUGGAGAAGGAGCCACGGCCUGACCUCUUGGGUAAAAAGACACAACUCCAGAGACUCCAGAUGAUCCAAGAUGAUUUGGCAGAGCUUGCAAUUCACAUGGAGGAGGUGGAGAAACUUGUUCAGUCAAAUACCACACACAGGCAUGAAAUGAACCAACUUUCAUCUGACUCUCAGGCCCUGAAGAGAUCACUGGAGAUGAUGAUACAGCAGAGUGAAGACCACGUUCAGAAGCAUUGGGCAUAUAAUGACAAACUGUCUGACCUCCAGCAGUGGAUCUCAGUAACCAGGGAGAAGAUUGACUCCUGCCAGGAUGCUGAUGGAGAGCAAAACAUGGAGGGCAGGCUGGAAGACCUGGAGAGACUGCUAGCUGAGUUUCCAGAUAAGGAGAUCCAGCUGCACCUUGUGGAAGCUCAUGGCCAGUUGGUCAUGGAGAAUUCUUCUCCAGAGGAGACAGCCCAUGUCCAGGCAGAGCUGGAUCAGGUGAAGGAGUCAUGGAAAUCACUGAAGGAGAUGGCAACUGGCCUCCUCAAAAAGUGGCAGUUAAGUAGACCAGUGGGUGACAAGAAGAAGAAAAGAGCAUUUGUGGACAGCAGAUGGAUGUCUAGACCUGCUUUCCACCUUUUUGAUGCUGAUCCCAGCCAUAAGCAGGAGAAGAUGGGAGAAGGGCAAAGUGCAAGCAGCCACUUGAAGCUCCUACAGGAGUUUGAAGAGUGGCUACGAGGCGAAAACACCAAACUGACCAAAAUUCUUGCUGGGACUCCAUCUUCUGCAGAGGAAAUAAAGGCACGCCAGAGCAAACUUGAGGAGCUGCAGUCUCAUGUGCCUCAUGGUCAGCAUCUCUUUGAGGACCUCCUUCAUCUUCAUCCUGUCAUUGGAAAUUUGGAGGAGCUGGAGGACCUGCGCUACCGAUGGAUGCUCUACAAAUCCAAGCUGAGAGAGUCCCUGAGUUCACCUGAGACUUCUGGAUCUUUGGAGGAACCAGACAGAUUCAGAAAGAAGCGCUCGGGAGGCGGGUGCCGGUACCUGCGCCGUGCGUGCCGGGCAGCGCUGCCCCUGCAGCUGCUGCUGCUGCUGCUGCUGCUGCUCGCCUUCCUCCUGCCGCUGGCACGGGACACGCACAGCUGCUCCCUGGCCAACAACUUCGCCCGCUCCUUCAAGCUGAUGCUGAGAUACGACGGCCCGCCUCCCACGUAACCUCUCGGCAUGGUACGAGGUGACCGGCACAAGGGCAGGCUCUGUGGUUCGGAUUGCAGCUGUUGUAGAUUCUAGGGGUUUAUCACAGCCAUCCUGUAACUGGAUAGAUCACAUAACUGCAAUGUAAGAUUAACCCACUUUAAUCAGGUAUUUGAGCAAAAUUAAUAUUUUUACAAUUUUUUAUUGUUAUAUUUAUAAUGUGUAUAUAGAGAUUGUGUAUGUGUAUGUAUGUACAUAUAUGUGUAUAAAUGCAUAUCUGUAAUCAAACUAACAACCAUCAUCCACUCAUCCACUGUUUAAGGAUAAUUCUGCAAUGUUUCUGCCAUCUUUCAGCAAGCAAUACUGAAGGAUGGUGUUGUGGGAUUUUUCCCAUCACACUCUUGUUUACAACAUAAGUCAGAGCAAGUAUGAGAAUCAUGCACCAGAGUGUAAACUGGAGAGCAGGCACAGUAGAAUCAUGUUUGAAUAGAGUGGUUGACAUUCAGCCCAAGGAAGAUUUGGACAAUUCUCUUUGAAAUCUUGAGCUGGUUAAUUGGUAUCUGGAUACAGGGAUUGCAGAAGCUAAUAGAAAUGUUUCUACUGACUUCAGUAGGAGUGGGGGUGGACCUCCUCUUGUUCUUAUUUUUUACCAGAUUUCUUUUCCAAUUACUGUAUUUUCCAGCCCACCUGAAUCAGGAGAGGUGGAAUACAGUGGGAAGAAAGCUAGGGGAAAAAAAAAAAAAAAAAAAAAAAAAAAAAAGAAUAUAUUUUUUUAGCAGAAGAACUUUUAAAAUCAGGACAUAAUUUUCUGAACAAAUUUGUGAGCACUGAAAAAAACCUUGUAUCACCAAUCUUGUCUAUAAAAAAAAUAGUGGGUUUUUUGUUUUUGUUUGUGGGAUUUUGUGGUUUGGUUUGUGGGGUUAUUUACUUUAUAAAGAGGCAUUUGGUAACAGAUUAUAAAGCCUAAACAGUGGGAUGCAGCCUGGCUCAGUGUCAGUAAAGCAAAAGUUGUGGAAGUAUUUUAAUACCACCCUGGAAACAAGAUUCCUACCUAGUAUUCUUUUGUAUUAAUGGUUUAUUGAAAUUAUGUAAACUGAUUGUAUAAAAGACAGUCAAGCAUAGAUUUCUAUGUAAUCUGAAAUUAUUGUCAUUUAUUUACCUAACCCUAUGCCUGAGUUAUCAAAUUUUUGAAUGUAUAUUUUAACAUUGCCUUUUAAUGUAAAAGCAAUUCUCACUUCAGAGUGAUGAAGCCUUUCUUCGAUUCUACCUAAUUGAUUUCUGAGAGAAAAGGUAUUUUCUAAAAAUGCAUGCUAUUUUUGAGAGCUAUCCCUUACUGUCUCAUAGUUUUAGCCACAGUAGUAAUCAUGAAAAAAAAAUUAACAGAGGAAACAGUUACUUUCCCUCUCUUGGCUAUGUUUCAGAAAGAAUGUCUCUUCUGCAUAUCAGUAUGGGGUCCUUGGUGGUGUUUCCUGCUUAAGGUCUAAAAUGAUAUCAUAGCUGACAGACUGCAGGAGGAAGGCACUUACUUAGCAAAAACAUUAAAGUUCUGUUAAAGAAGCAAACUUGUGUAGAAUCAGGAGGCAUAACAGAGAGAUCUCAAUUUAGGCACAGAAUUAGGAAAGCAGGCAGUGUGGAAGAAGGGCAGCUAAACGUGGAGAGGAGAAGUGUCCAUCAAUUUGUAAAGCCUUAGAAAAGGGGUCACAGUUAACACAGAGGACAAGGGUACAGGCUCUACCGAGGAAAAAAAUCUCAGAAUCUUUUUGGUUCCCCCUCCCUGCUACAGUAUUGGUACUAUUGCAUAUACUAUUGCAUAUUAAACAGUUUUCAAGGUUUAAAAUGGGGUGAGUCACAGGGCUUCUGUCAGUGUUCUGAGGAGACUCUUCAGCACCAGGACUCUUCACCAUGUUCCUAAUAAUGUUUCUGACUACACUGUGUUUGCUCGUGUUGGAUUAAUAUGCCAAAAGUCUUCUAAAAGUGUAAAGAAGAGUGGAAAUUAAAUGAGAGAGCAGGGAUGAUGAAGGUAUCAAAGUGCAAGGGGAGCCUGGAGCAGAGCUGAGCUGAUGUGGGUUAAAAACCUGGCUGUCAGGAGCAGAAGAGCUCUGAGAGCAAGCAGAAGGGACUGGAAGCUGCAAGGUGAGGAGAGUCCAUGUAUGCUGAGCAAUAAGACUUUCACUUUAGGAAGCAAAGGAAGGCCUGUGAUUUCUUUCAUGAAGAAGCCAGAUGGAGAGGAGAUAUAACUUGUCAGAGAAUGAGGCAUGUUAAUUCCUUCUUUGCAACCAUUCUUUCUGCUGGCAAGGUCAUACCUCCUCCCCUCCUGAUCAGCUGUGCAACUGCCAUGCACAUUCCUCUAAAAAUUGCUGCCAGCCCUGGGGGAAGAAACCUCUGUGGCUGCCCAGCAAGGAGUCAAUCAUCAGACACAUCUCCAUGUCAAAUUAAAUCUUCCUUUAGAAAAGAAGUGUGGGGGAAGAGGGGCAGUAACAAAACCUGCUCUUUGUGGUUGUGUGCAGGUGUGCACACACUUUUCUGUGACAUAGCUACAUUGAGUUCUCUGGGUUUUGCUGAGCUGUUCCAGGUGAUGAAAGUAAAAUACCAGUGAGAGAGUAAAAAUAAUGAGGAAUAAUAAAGCUGCAAAUAGAAAUCAGUAGGGAGAUAGAAAAUUUUUUUUCCACAAAAGCACAAAAUCUCACAUCAGAUUUAUUUCUGCUGAACCUUUCUGAUCUGAGUGAUUUGUAUGGGUUCACAAAUGCAUUUGACACCGUGGGAGUGUGUAACAGGGAGAAAAAUAUUCUGCACAGAGGAUCUUACAAGAACAACUGCACCAUCACCUUGAUGUUUCACUGUUGUGGCAGGUUUGGGAAAAAAACCAAACAACUAAAUUAGGAACACACUUUUGCUGCUGGGUUUGCAAUCAGUUUAUUCUUUAAGUCCCCUGUCUGUAAUCUUGGAAGGUUUUGCUUUAAAUCUCAGUCAAUCCAUUCUCAUUAACUUAAAUAAUCUGAAUAUCUCACAGAAGUUAUGAAUAUUUCUACUUCUUUGCAAUGAAAACUACCCAAAGCACAGGACUUUAUUGUUCCUAUCACUGAAAAAAUUUAAGGCUUCCAUAAUGUCAUUUACCUCACCUGUCCAAGGCAGGUGUGGGAUUUUUCUGGCAAAGAAAGAAAGAAAAAAAAUCACAAGAGUAAGUUUGAGAUGUAAAUAAGAAAUUUACAAUUUAAUUUCUUUUUUAUUCUCUUGUGUUUUUUUUUUUUUCUUUUCUGAAAGCUUGCAAUACUUAUUCCUGGAAGUGUGUGUAAAUAUUAAUCAAGUUAGUAAUUGUAAUAAUGAAAACAAACUGCCCAGUCCAGCUUCCAGGAAACUGUACAAAGCUCCAAUUCCUCAAAACACAAACUAAAUCAUGCUUUCCAAAACAGUCCUUAAAAUCUUGAGCACAGUUCCUCAUCUUUGCUCACAGAUGAUUUGGUGGUUAUAUGCUCACUUUUGUGCCUAUAAAAUCCCCAGCUCAUUCAUCUCUGACAUCCAGAUGUAACUGAGAUGUGUUACAGCUCAGGUUCAGACUGGGGCCACUGCCUGAAGCCUUGCCUUGCCAAAACAUGGGAUGCACAGAGCCCUGGGUGUGCCUGCAGCUGAGGGCUUCCACUGUUCUGCCCCAGUCCAGGUGCAGCCACAGUCAGAGGGUGCUAAAGCCCUCUAAAACACACUGAAUAUGUCUGGGGCUGUGAGUGGUUUGUGCACCUGGCCUGCACUCCAUGCAGACACCCAGCCUGUGCACAGAGCUCUGUCCAAGCUCUUGCCUGCACUGUUGGACCCAGGAGUGGCUUGACCACAUUAAUGACCCUCAGUGCUGAAGGCAAAAUCCUGCACUCCAUUGCCGUGCAUUACAGUAAGACAUUACCCAAAGGCACACUUCAAACCCAACCUUUGGCAUGAAAGCAAGCCUCAUUUGUAAACUGUAAUUGAUUUUGAAGCCUGAUGCUUUCCAGAGAAUUUUCCAUGGCAGCAAUAUAUUGAGUAGAAAAUUGCUAUUGUGCCCCAUGUCUAUUAACAGCCCUUUCUCUGAUUCCAGCCAGCAAUUUAAAUGGUAUUAAAUAUUAUUUAUAUAUGCCCUCUCCAGAAAUCUCUGUAUGAAAAACAUCUUCAGUUCUAAGCACAUCCAUUCAAAAUGUUGUAUUCCUCUGCUAGCCCUCAAUCUCCAGAGCAGUCAUGAUUUCUUCCAAGUGCUACUUUAUUUGUACUGACUGAGAAAACUCAAACAUUUGAGGCUGUAAAUAAAGCUACUAGGCUAAGUAACAAAACCACCUAGUGAUCACUGAAUAAUUUGGACAGCUUUUAGAAUGGCUUUAUGCUUGUCCUUAAUCCCUUUUGUCAGAGUGUUUGUAGACAGUGGAGAAAAGAAAUGUCUCCAAAAAAUGGCCAUUCCUAGAUAGACAGAUGGUGAUCUCUGCACAUCAGAAGAAAUAGUAUUUUCUCUUUAGUUGCUCUAGACCUCAGGAGUUUUGCUACAUCUGAUCUCCUUUUCAAUAUUAAAUAGGGAAUGUUUUACUUUCAUGUGUGUGCAUACACAUCUCAUUAGCACUAAAGAGAUUUGAAGAGUGAGUUCAUGUACAAUAAUUCUUUUAACUUGUGUUGACAAGAGAGUACAUUGUCCUCUUUUCCUCAGGGAAAAAAACCAACCAAAACUGCUGUGUGACAGAUUCCCAGACCAAACAAAGCCUUUUGGAAUAACCAAAGAUUACAGACUGAAACUAAAUUAUCCACCAUAGGAAACUGGAAAAACAGUUUUGCCUUUCAAGAAAUGCUGAUAUAAAACCCCCAACAAACAUUUCUUUGUCAGGUAUCAUGGAUGUCUUUCAAAUCAUAGAUUAUGUACCCAGCUGGCUGCAAGAGCUGCUUUUGGAGACUUUACUACACCAUGCAUUUGCUAGGCUGCAGCUGAAAACAUGUUUGUCAAUCUUAUUACUUUUGCCAUAUUUAAGACAAGAUAUCUGUUGGUUAUACUGGAAUAGAAACAGGUUAGUUGAAGGUGUUGGGUAACUGCAGGAUGUUUUAGGCACAAGGCAUUUUGACUUGUACAUGUCUAUUUAAAAAUUGUGGGAUCAUGUUACACUUGUUAAAUGGUAAAACAAAACAAAGAUCCUUGAAUUAAAAAAAAAAAAAAAAGAAAAAACAAAGCAGGGUGGAAUAAUCUGUCACAUAGUUGGUUUUUUUUUUAUUAUCUCUUUUCUAUUCAAUUUCAAAUAUGAAUAUGUGUCUACCAGAGAGUUAUCAAUAGAUCUGGAAAACAAGGAAUAUACCAGCUCAAAUUGUAGCCUAAAUGGCACCUCUGUUUCCUAACUGCUUCAGCACAAGCCAGAUUUUACCUCCAUGCACCUAUGAGAUGACAACUCUCCUCCUAGUGAAGUGUGGGUAAGGUGAAACUGCUCAGCUUAAGGUGCAGCACCCCAGUGGAAGCAGCAGGAGACAUUAAUUCUUCCAAAGGCAGCCUGAUAUCCUGAUGCAAGAGAGGAGCAUGUAGGUCUGGCAUAAUGAGAGCAGUGCAGGACUAAUGACACAGGAGCAAGGGCUUGCCAUCCUGCUCUGCCAGAGAAAAUUUAGACAGCAGCCAUCAGAACAGUUCAGUUUCAUGUCCCUGACUGAGGCUCCCCUCAGGGGGAUUCACUCAAGCUGAGAUUUGAGCCCUGGAAAUACUUUUUGUUCUUUUUUUUUCUUUUCAUUAAAUACAGAAGAAACUGCUAAAUUAACACCCCUCUGUGACAGGUUAAUGGUAGGUGGUGGGUGCUGAUGCUCCAGGAAAAGAUACAGCAAAUCCCAUUAUAGAUGGAAAGCUAGUCAUGAUGGUCUCUGUUCAAUCCUCAGGAGGCAGAAAUGCACUGUAGAACUGAAGUGGGAGUUUUCUGUUCCUUUUCAAGUAAAUGUCAGGUGUUGUCUUUAGUCUUCUGGAUUUUGGGAGCAAGCCUAUUCAGUGCCUUACUGAAUGCUAGUGGCUCUCUGGCUUCAGAGCCAUUUAUAUCAACAAGUUCUACAUUAUUCCAAGUUGUGUGAAAAAGAUAUUCCUCUAAACUGGUUUUGGAUCAGAAACUUUUUGUUUGGCUAGUGGGGAUGAUUUGAUUUUCCUUCUUUUGGCCAUUUUGUUUUAAAUUGCAGGAAUCAGAAAGACCAGCACUACCCUUUCCAGGCCAUGUUUUGUCUUUCUUUUAUGAGAGCUGAGGAGAUUUGCCUUUGCUCCCUUUCCAAAGCAAAUUGUCCCAGAUUUUUAUUAUUCCUUUCCUGUUGCAGUUCUUCCACAGCCUAGGUCAUUCUUAUCACAUUAAUUGUUUCCAGUGGCUGUUGUUCCUCAAUACUAGAGCAAAAAAUCAGGUCCAGUUUCAAUAAGUUUAAAAUCCAGUCAUUUCUUCCCCCACUGCAGUUCCUCCUGCAGAUGCUCUGUGUGUUUCUGCUGUCCCCUGUGUCAAACCAGUCUUCACCACUACCUAGGGGGACUCUAGUCCUGGCCACCAUCUCUUCCAAGUCUCCUGGCCAUGUCCUGCCCUCAUCUGCGUUCAGUUUUGGCUCAAGGACUGCUCUUAAUAGUCACAUCUGCAGGCAGGAGUGAGGGUGUCACUUAACAAACAGCUAUUAAUAAUGGAAGUCUCUCUAUUAGCAUUGUUCAUAGCCUGCCCAGAGCCUUUUCUCUUCUCCUCUCUGAGCAGGUUUUGAUGUGUAAUCCAGUUACUGCGUGCAGAAAGUUGCCCCUCAGUCAGCACAGAGGGCUGGUUCAGCUGCAGCUCAGUUGCCCUCUCUUGGUCACUGCUGGGCUCCCAGGUGCUGCUCAGGCAGCCCUUGAGCUGCCAGGAGUGUUCCACUUUCAUUGUUAUACACCCUAAAUAAGACAGAACCCUUUCCUUCUGACCUGCAGGGAAAAAAAAAAAAAAAAAAAAAAAAAUAAAAGAAAACUAAAAUGAUCGCUUUUAACAAACUGAUUUCACAACUCAUUUAUCAAGCCCUAUAGCAAGCCAUUUAUUUUAGCUCCUUUUUGCUCCAUGAAAAGCUGUGUGUUAAAAGGGAGAGGUGAGUUUGGAGAGCUGUGCCACAGCACUUUGCUAGGAGGAAUCCCACUGGAACUCAGGGGUAGGAGCUGUUAUUUCUCCUGAAGUGAUUCCCACCUUCAAAAUCAGAUUAUUUCCUUUGUCAAGUCUCAUAAGCAUUGCACACCACAGACUUUGUUUCACUGCAAAGAGACUGAAUGCCUCUGUAUGGUAUUUUCCAUUGCCAGGAAAUAUAGAUAUAUGUGUGUAUAUGUAUGUGUGUGUGUAUAUAUAUAUAUAUAUAUAUAUAUGUAUGUAAUGGGGAGCAUAAUCAUUAUUCCACUUAAAGAAAGGUGACAUUCCACUUCAAUGUAACUUUUAGGUGCAGCUUUUAGGUGCACCAUUUCUUAAAGGGAAGCUGGAAGAGUUUAGAGGUACAUGUUUUAAUGAUUUUUGAUGAGAUUUAAUAAGCUUUGAGUUUGGGUUUUAGUCUUUAGGGUGAAAAGCACCCUAAAGAUGAUUUUUCCAUCACAUUACGAGGUUAAACCCUGUUAGAAUUUAACCUGGGAGGCAUUGCUUAAACACUGGCUGUUCCUGAAGGUGUUUGGGGUUGCAUGUGCUACAUGUGGGUCUGUCCUCAAACUCCAGCCUCCAUUUUAUACAUGGGCUUGACUGGAAGGCAAAAGAAACACCUUUGUCUUGCUCCAAGACCUUGAUGGUAAUUUUUGCCUCAGAAGAUGUUUUUUUUCCCUUUGAUCAGUGUGACUCUUUCAACUUCUUUUCCCUUUUACUUUGUGUUAACUGUGUUUAUUGGGUGAUUCCUGGAGGGCACACUCCAUCUGCCCAGCCUCAGAUCUUCCCUUUCAGCAGCAUGCCACCUUCUCAUUUGUUUACUUGACUCUACUGGACCACUGUGAAGCAAUUACACAAGCAAUAAUGCAGGUGUUGCAUUUCUUUGUCAUUGCUUUUCGUGAGACAUAACUCUCCAUUGACACUGACAAGUGGUAGGAGACCCAGCAUUGUUGUUUACUGGCAAUAUAACCCAUAUAUAACCCAUAUAUGACCCAUUUAUAACCCAUAUAUAACCCAUAUAUAACCCAGUAUAACCCUACAGAGGUCCUCACUCCUCAGAGCAGUGGGCUGUCUCAGGCCCAAUUUAAUUCAUAAGCCUGAAUUUUUAACAGUUUUGGAUCCCUUCUCCAACACUCCAUCAAUCUUGCUUCCAUCAGUUUUUGUGCUUUUGUUUAGUUUCAAGCUAGAAGAAAGUUUUAAGAAAUGUGCUAAGACUCCCGUAUAGGGUGAGUAAAUAUCCCAUAUAUUUCACAGAAAUUGCAACAAAAUGAAGGGAUUUGCUCUCACAUGGAACAGAAUUAAUAAGAAGUUCUGACUGAUAAAUUAAAUAGUUAUUAAGAACAGCCUGGAGCAAAGUUUCUGCAAUCAAACUGUUCUCUGCUUUUAAUCUAAAAAUCAGCAAAUACUGAGGUACAUUUUGCCACCUUCUUUUAGAAGUGACCUGAAACUAAAAUAUGAGUUUCCUUACAAGGAGGUUUAUUGAUGUGAAUCUAAACUUCACCAGCAUGUCCUGUGUUAGAUCACCUGCCUGUGGGCACAGGGAAAACCAAAGGCUGUUCACAAGAGAAACUCAUAUUAUGAAUGGUUUUAAAGUUCUUCAGAGCUCCUAUCCACUUCCAAAUGUCAGUAAUGGGGAGGAUGCAAAACCUUCCUGUGAACCCUGUCAUUUUGCAUGUUGAAAUCCUGGCCUGAAUUCAGGUCUCCACCUCAGCUUUUGUAAAUGUUAAUAUUCAAGUAGAACAAAAACCUUAGAGGCAAUUACAGCAUGAACAUCUCUUCUUGUUUAUGUAUAGUAGCUGAUAGCAAAGUCUGCAAUAAUAAUCUGUGUUUAUACAUGUGCUGUACAGUGUCACAGUUGGGUACAAAAUACCUUUUAACUGUCACAAGAAAAUGACUGGAUUGAUGCCACUUGUUGCUUGUGUGAAUAUAAUUAUUUGCCUUGCGGGGACCAGUUCCACUUUUGUCAUGUUAUUUAUGAUUUUUGAAUACAAUUGUGAUAAAUUAGGCUCAUUUCUAAGGUAAACAAUACUGGAGCCAAGCAGCUGUCUCUGUACAUGUGCAUGUUAUCACAGCUGAUAUCAAGUCCAAGUCAGACUCCUUGCUUUGCUUGGACCUUUCUUUAACCUUUCAGGCUUAUUCAGGGAAAUGUGGACCACUCUAUUUUCUUAUUAAAAAUAUGGCUUUGUGAAAAGCUGAACUUAUUUUUUAAAUCCUUUCUUUUCUGGUUCAGAAAGACUGUAACAAUCAUAUUUUUCUAAACUGCCUAUUGCUUGUGUUGGGAAAUUAUAUAGAGAUAUAUAUUUUGCUCUACAGAUUUCCUUGUACUUUUGGAACUCUUUGUUUUCUUAGAUAAAUCCUCCUAUUUGCUAGAACUAGCUCAAAAAGGUGUAAGCUUCUGUAUACAGACUCUGUGAAAUUCUAUAAAAAUGCAGCUGCAUCAAAUGACUGACUUUAUGUUUUAUGUAAAUUGUUAGAGCUGAAUCAUCCUUAGUGUUAUGCCACUCAAGAUGUACAAAAAGAAAUCAGGUCAUUGUUUGGAAAGGCUGGGCAGUGUCAUGUCACUAAAAACUCCCAGGUGAAAGUCAGGAGAGUUUAUGCUAGAAAUGGUACCAUUUUAGGCCCUCAGUCUGUGGUGUUUUUUACACUGUUUAGAACCUCAUUUCAAAAUUAGUCCCAUGAAACUUCAUGGUGAAUAUUUAAAAUAAGAUGCUGUGGUGUUUGAAUAGCUAUGAUGCAAUAAGAAUCUUUUCUAAUGAAGAACAGGGCCUUUUAAGUAGUUAAGAGGAUAUGAUUUGAGUAUUUCAGGACAACUUUUUGUCUUCUUUUCGGGGCUGUGAAUUCCUCCUGUGUAUUGUGGAUUUAUUCCAUAGCUGAAAUGCCAGAUUAAAUUGAUUGAAGCCCCAUGUGGAGAUGAACAUACUAGGAAGCUGCAGUGAAAUAUUGCAGAAAAUGACCUGAUUUCAUUCUUCAGAGCAAUAGUUAAAGUAACUCACAGCCUUGGCUUCUUUGCACCUGUGAAGCAGAGGCCCUUGUUUUGUACCUCAGCUGUGGUAUAACAUGGAAGGAUUUCUGCUCUCUGCUUGGAAAAUACUGUCUAUUCCUCAUCCUUGUCAAAGCAUAAUAUUUCCCAAGUAAAAAAAAUCUGAUUCUUCAAGACUCAUAGGGGAGUUCAGGGGCAGCUGGAACCUUCUGUAUCCAGCCACAUUAUUCCAAAAGUUUAUCCCUCAAUGACAAAUAAAAUAUGAUGUGACUUUGCUGUUUGCAAGUAGGAUCAAGAGACUGGAAAUUCAUCAUCCCAAGCCCUUGCCUGUUCUGUGAUGCUCCACUGUUACCAAUGAACUGUGUUGAAUUGGAUUAUAAAACCAGAGUAUUUUAUUGCAUGUGUCCUUUUUUGAAAUGAAAAUAUAGCUGUAUUUGAUGUUGCAGUUACAGUGCAGUAAAUAAACAUGUGCAUUUCUUUUUAA